AUGUUGAAACAGUAUGCGAUAUUCUUAAUAACUGCUUUCGCAGCAGUAACUCUAUUUCUAGCUGGAGAAUUUAAAACUGAUUAUUCAUCAUUAAUAAGGUUUACGGAAAUGAAUAAAAGCGAAGAAGUACGAGUGAAAUUAGUGAAAAACAGAAGCAUAUGCGUUAUGCUUGAACGAUUAAAUAAUGCUAGCAUUAAAGUGAUAAAAAAUAAACGAAAUACUACAAAACACUUAGAUGUAUUCGUUGUUUUGCAUUCUCAUGUUGAUGCCGGUUGGUUGUACACAUUUGAGGAAUAUUACAGUGCUACGAAUCAUUCGGUGCGAAAAAUUUUAAACAAUGUAGUGAAUUCAUUGCGAAAACAUUCUAAACUACGAUUUAUCUGGUCCGAAAUAUCAUUCUUGGAAAAAUGGUGGUCUGAAGCUAAUACAACCUAUCAAAAAUAUUUUAAAAGAUUAAUAGAUGAAGGUCGCCUAGAAAUUACUAGCGGUCAAUGGGUGAUGAAUGAUGAAGCAACACCGUAUUUUUGGGAAGCUAUUGAAAAUAUCAUUGUUGGACAUCAAUACAUUAAGGAAAUAUUGAAUAUUACACCAACUAAUUCAUGGUCAGUGGAUCCGUUCGGACAUGGACUUAUGAUGCCAUAUCUGAUGAUGUUAUCCGAUAUCAACCAGCUAAUAAUUGGUCGUAUCAAUUCAAAUAUCAAAAAUAUUCUAAAGUUUUAUCAUCAGUUACACUUUCGUUGGGCACAAAAUUGGGAUCCGCAACUUCGUUGGGCUCCAUUUGUUAACGUAUUACCAAGCGUAUAUUACACGGUAAGUAGUGCAUGUGGAACGGAUGAAAAGAUUUGUUGCCAAUUUGAUGUUUCCAAGACAUCUCGAUCAUAUUGCAUGGAACGAGCUCAAGUUGACAAUUUUCAACAAAUUGCAUUAUAUGGUGAACGAAUGGCAAAUCAAUAUCGCUCAUUGCAAACAUUUUAUAAUUCAGAAGCAGUCUUAGUAGCUGCAGGCGAUGAUUUCCUCUAUUCACAUCCCGAUGAUUUGGAAACUGUUCAUCGUGUUUAUACUGCACUUUUCAAAUAUAUCAAUAGAAAUUAUAAUCGCUUUAAAAUGAAGGUGCAAUUUGGUACGGUAGCAAAUUAUUUCAAUGCACUAAAAAGAAGCACGAAAAGAGCAGCUUCUGUGCUUGAUGGUGAUUUUUUUCCGUAUAUGGAUAAUCCGUUGAGUAGUACACCGUAUUGGACUGGCUUCUAUAAUCAUCGAGCAUAUUUUAA